CUCGUGUGGAAUUUCCAUUCAUCGCCUUCCCAUUUCCCCACCCUUCCCUCCAUCAAUCGCUGUGACGAAGAGAGAGGCCGGCCUCCUCUCCUCUGAGUCCCUUCCCUCUUAUCAUCCAUCUUAGCUCAAUCUUACAAGGUCUAUCUCACCCGUUCGAUCUCGUUCUCCCUCUCUCUCUACCAUCUUCUUCAGGCACACAAGCUUCUGCAUGUCUUUCCAUCAAGGGUGUCUUCUUUCAUUACAUACUUCUGGUGCAAGGCUUAUUUAAGGUUUGAAAGGAAUGUAUUAGAUGUGACAAGCUGUUCAGAUUGAAAUAUCUGUCAGAACCUUUUAUAUUUCAAGUGAAAAGCAUAUUUGCUCUAAUGCACAGGCAAAGGAGUACUUUCCAAUCCUUAAAUGAAACCUUCGAAUUUGGCCAUGAAUCUGGUUCAAGUAGUUCUGGCGUUAAUCAGCAGGUUUAUUGGAAUAACAUUCCAAAUCCCUUAGAGGCCCAGAAUUUGCCAGACUGUCUGCUCACUCCCAAAGAUGAUGGUGGGAGCAUGACUAGCCCGAAUCUCAGCGAACCUGGCUCUAGUUGUGAUCACUCACUGCCUCAAGACAGCCACGAUGAAGCAAAAAUGGAGAAUGGGUGGAUGGUUUCGUUGAACACUCAUACUGGAGCUGGCCCGAGGCUGGAAGAAAGGCGAUUUGAACCCAGCAACAUUCUUUCUUUGGAGACUGUGAAUUUAACUCUUAAUAACAAUCAGCAGGGAAAUGGACCAUCAUUUUCUCAAAAUCCAAAUUCUGAUGAUGUACCUCAAACUUCAGAGCUCCAUGCAGGAUUUAUUGGAAAUGGUGGACAGGCCAUGGAAGCCGAUAUAUAUCCUCAUACAUAUAAACAAGUUGGAUCAGAAAGUGAGCAAAUUUCAUUUGCAGUUGGUUCUACUGAUCCUUCUGCAACUGCUUCUGGUACAGUUGAGUAUCUGGCUGAAGAUAGUGAUGGUAGGCCUGGUUGUUCCCUGGACAAUCGACAUUUAUCCUGCAAGCGGAAGACCCUUGAUGGUUUUUGUAGUCCGUCAUCUUUAAGUGGAAAUUCAAGUUUCUUUCAGCAAUCUGAGAAUAGCGUAUGGCAUGCCUUUCCUGCACGGCGUAAUCCUGGUAGCAGUUUAAGCAUAUCAAACUCCUCACAGCAUCUUUCUGAUUUCAGUCCUCAAGAGCCGUCUAACCCAGUACUUGAAAUUGGUGCAAGAGGGAUAGCUUCCGACUACCAUCCUGCUUCAACUGUAGCUGGAAAUGCAGAAAGCUCGCAGAGAAAUUUCCGUAUGAGGGUUCAUCCAGCACAUCGACAAGAUUCAGCCAUGCCUAAUCUGUGGUCUCCAGGGAAUGCAGUUAGGCAUUCUCAUGUUUGGUCACCCCAUCAAUCAUCUUUUAGAUUUCUCCCCUAUUAUCAUUCCCUAGAUUUGAGCCGAGACAUAGCCAGCACAAGUUCACCUCAGACCCAACCACUUGCUCCACCUAUUCCUGGUAUUUCUGAAAAUGUGAACCCUUUUAUAUGGAAUGGGGCUCACAAUGCAGUAGCUGGAAGUUCAUCAAAUUCUACUUCCAUUUCAGGGGUGAGGCCGUCUGCUUUACCAGAGGAAUCUAACUCACAGACCAUUCCGAGAAGCAUUUCAGAGCAUCCAAUGUUUCCUCCAGCAACUGAGAUGAGACAAUUUACUCAAGAUACUACAAAUUGGAGCUUGGCUGAUGGGAAUAUAAGUAUACCUGGAAACCUUGAUUCUUCUCUAAUGGGCUCUAGUACUGGCUCCCAUCCAUCACCAGCUCUUACCUGGGUACCUCAUCAGAAUCCUCCUGCCCAAUAUCCGCUAAGGCUGUCAGAGUUUGUCCGAAGAUCCUUGUCUGCCUUUGCUGGAACAGAGUCUAGAACUCAGAGUACUAAUUAUCCUCCGCUACGUUCAGGCCCUACUUCCUCGCAGGAGAUGGUGCUAUCUGGAUCUGGUCACCAAGGGAAUCGGCAGUCAUAUACGAGGUCUGCAUUGUGGGCGGACAGGCAAGGUGAUGGCACACUAAGACUUCCCUCUUCAUUGCGGGAUCUGGCAACUGCACCUGAAGGGAGAAGCAGGUUUGCAUCUGAGAUUCGCAAUGUCUUGGAACUCCUGCGUAGGGGUGAGAGUUUAAGAUUUGAGGAUGUUCUAAUGCUCGACCAGUCGGUAUUUAUUGGGGCUGACGUGCAUGAUCGGCAUAGAGACAUGCGGUUGGAUGUGGAUAAUAUGUCUUACGAGGAAUUAUUAGCGCUGGAAGAACGCAUAGGAAAUGUAAGCACUGGACUGAGUGAGGAAACGGUUUUGAAGUGCAUGAAGCAGCAGAAGUAUGCAUUGAUAUCCGUAGAAGCACCUCCAAAGAUUGAACCAUGCUGUAUAUGUCAGGAGGAAUAUCAGGAGGGGGAGGAGCUUGGAAUGCUGGAUUGCGGACACGACUUCCAUACCAACUGCAUUAAACAGUGGCUAAUGCACAAGAAUCUGUGCCCCAUUUGUAAGACAACAGCCUUGGUGACGUGAGGAUAAAAGAUUCGGGUGGGUCUUGCUUGCCUUGAAGAGGCGGAGUGUGAAGAAAUUAUUUAUAAAGAGUUCAUUGUUGAGCCCAGAAUGAGAGCAAGUUAUUAACAAAAUGGUCUAUUGAAUCCAACAAUUUGGCAGCAGACAAUAUUAUUCCAUUAAGAAAUACAUUGCUUCUUCUUUGUUGUGUA